AUGGAUGGAUCGAUCGCACCAAUCUACAAGAAGCAGAAGUACACCUACAUUCCACCGACUCCGCCAAAUGACCUGAUUGGAUGCAGCAGUUAUACAUUGGAUUUCAACGAUCGGAAAUUUAUUCAAAUUGGGAUCGAUCCGAAAAAAUCAUUUAGUGUAAUGAUUCAUAUCAUUACACCGUCGCGGUAUGUGAGCAUAACAAGUCACUAUAUGAAAACUAUAUAUACACUAAUGGGUGAUAUACUAUCAAGCGUCAUGGAGAAGCCUGAAAAUACACAGACUACAUUUCUCUCAGACACCAAUCUUUCAUUAACUAAAAUGGUUUAUAAGGAUGAAAAUGUGCUGGUUAUUGAAUCUCAAGCUGUAAAUGGAUGUCGCAUUCUACUUAACCGUAGAGAUUUGAUGAAACUGGCUGAACUAGAAUAUAUUGUUCAUGAAUGUGUUGAAAAACACUUGGCAAUUACAACGGAAAACGUGUAUCAACAAAUCGAAAUGAUUAUAAAAUAUUACAUGGGCUGUUUCUUCCCAACCAAGGAAACAAGCAGAACAGAGUUGUUAAGAUGUAUCAUGGAGGUAUCAUGUAUUACUAUAACUUCAGCAAUAGAGCCGAUGAGUGAACCUAAUUAUAUUAGUGAAAUUAAAAGAUUUGCUGUUGAAGAAUUGGCUGACGUCUGGAUGAAGAAAAUAACUGACCGAAAUGACAUACCUAAGGCAAUCGAUGUAAAUGAUGGUCCAACUCGAUACGAUUGGCGUGGUGAAGAAGAAUCACAAUGCUUCUCCUUUUCAACACAAGCAUACGACAACUAUAAACACACGGAGAAGUCAACAUGGGCACCUCGAAAACUUGAAUUUUAA